AUGGAUGUGCUAGUAACUCUGUUUUAUAUAUUAUUCUCGAUAUGUGUGGUAUAUCCGCCCACCGAGUUUGUGGCAGCCGGCUUUACUAUUGCUCAGCUGUUCGAAAAAUUUUUGGGGUCUGAGAAUAUGAAUUUUGUUACAUAUCAUAUGAAAAGGACAACGAUUACGGCACUGAUUCAUUCUUCCUUGCCGUUGGGAUACGUUUUAUGUCUCUUGUGCUGCGGGGACCGUAAUCCAUGGCUACCAGCGGGGGCGGCUGCAACAGCGAUAAUCCCCUUGCUGAUGUGUUAUAGGCUAUUAUGUUGGUGGGAGAACGAGCAGGCUAAGCACCCUGUGGUGAAGGCGCUUUUGCCGUAUGUGACUCCUGGGAUCGACUGGCGGGUUAUAGCUGGCAAUCUCAAUAGUCAAUUUAGAAACGUGGACAAAGUCUCAAUCCAGCUGACAGCGACAAGCAAGUUUGUAGCGACGGAAAUAUUUCUGAUCAAGGUGUCACAGUACUCGCUGAAUCUUGUCAAACAGACUGACUGCACACUGGUGGCAACUGCUACUGACAGUCACAAUUUGUCGCAAUCCGGAGAAGACGAAAUCCAAUUCGUCAACAUCGAAGUGAUCCCGUCUCGGGAUGACAUCGAACGCUUCACAUUUCGCAUAUCCACCACCGCUCUGAGGGACUUACAGCCGCGUCUGCUGCACCCCGUGAGGGUGCCCGAACAUAUCUCGUUGAUACCCAGCCUCAUCGAGCGUUUCGUGACCGUCUUCAGGCACUAUGUCGACAAGAAUCCAGUGUAUUAUGUUGAUCAGGAGCCAGAGUUGUGUAUCGGUUGCAUGCAGUUCCCGGCUGAUGUAAAGAUCAACCGUCGUUGUCAUCCGCCGCCUCCCCACAUCGAGGGCGGACCGGUACAGUGUCAACAGUGCAACUGUCGCGUGCUGUGGUGCGGCGGGUGCAUGGCGCGCUGGUGGGCGGCGCGCGCGCGGGGCCCCCCGGCGCAGUGGCUGGGGGGCCGCGCCACGUGCCCCGUGUGCCGCGCCGCCUUCUGCCUGCUCGACGUGUGCCCGGCGCAGCUGUCCGCCUCCUGA